AUCCACCUUUGGGUUAUUGCUCAGGGAAAUGGAUCCACCUUUGGGUUAUUGCUCAGGGAAAUGGAUCCACCUUUGGGUUAUUGCUCAGGGAAAUGGAUCCACCUUUGGGUUAUUGCUCAGGGAAAUGGAUCCACCUUUGGGUUAUUGCUCAGGGAAAUGGAUCCACCUUUGGGUUAUUGCUCAGGGAAAUGGAUCCACCUUUGGGUUAUUGCUCAGGGAAAUGGAUCCACCUUUGGGUUAUUGCUCAGGGAAAUGGAUCCACCUUUGGGUUAUUGCUCAGGGAAAUGGAUCCACCUUUGGGUUAUUGCUCAGGGAAAUGGAUCCACCUUUGGGUUAUUGCUCAGGGAAAUGGAUCCACCUUUGGGUUAUUGCUCAGGGAAAUGGAUCCACCUUUGGGUUAUUGCUCAGGGAAAUGGAUCCACCUUUGGGUUAUUGCUCAGGGAAAUGGAUCCACCUUUGGGUUAUUGCUCAGGGAAAUGGAUCCACCUUUGGGUUAUUGCUCAGGGAAAUGGAUCCACCUUUGGGUUAUUGCUCAGGGAAAUGGAUCCACCUUUGGGUUAUUGCUCAGGGAAAUGGAUCCACCUUUGGGUUAUUGCUCAGGGAAAUGGAUCCACCUUUGGGUUAUUGCUCAGGGAAAUGGAUCCACCUUUGGGUUAUUGCUCAGGGAAAUGGAUCCACCUUUGGGUUAUUGCUCAGGGAAAUGGAUCCACCUUUGGGUUAUUGCUCAGGGAAAUGGAUCCACCUUUGGGUUAUUGCUCAGGGAAAUGGAUCCACCUUUGGGUUAUUGCUCAGGGAAAUGGAUCCACCUUUGGGUUAUUGCUCAGGGAAAUGGAUCCACCUUUGGGUUAUUGCUCAGGGAAAUGGAUCCACCUUUGGGUUAUUGCUCAGGGAAAUGGAUCCACCUUUGGGUUAUUGCUCAGGGAAAUGGAUCCACCUUUGGGUUAUUGCUCAGGGAAAUGGAUCCACCUUUGGGUUAUUGCUCAGGGAAAUGGAUCCACCUUUGGGUUAUUGCUCAGGGAAAUGGAUCCACCUUUGGGUUAUUGCUCAGGGAAAUGGAUCCACCUUUGGGUUAUUGCUCAGGGAAAUGGAUCCACCUUUGGGUUAUUGCUCAGGGAAAUGGAUCCACCUUUGGGUUAUUGCUCAGGGAAAUGGAUCCACCUUUGGGUUAUUGCUCAGGGAAAUGGAUCCACCUUUGGGUUAUUGCUCAGGGAAAUGGAUCCACCUUUGGGUUAUUGCUCAGAGAAACGGAUCCACCCUUGGGUUAUUGCUCAGAGAAACGGAUCCACCCUUGGGUUAUUGCUCAGAGAAACGGAUCCACCCUUGGGUUAUUGCUCAGAGAAAUGGAUCCAUGUCGCAGCAGGGAGGCCCCUGGGAAGACAGGAGAGCUGGGCUGGGACUUGGCUGGGCGAGGCAGCUCCCUGCCUGCUGGUGGAAGGCACGAAUUGGUACUGAGGGCAGAGAGGGG